AUGGAAACAGAGUGCGAGAGCAUUCAGUGGGAUGAAGGGCUGCUCUAUGAUUACUAUGUCGGUCCUGAACAUGGCUCCGAGGUAUUCGACUUGUUCGUUCAGUGGUUGUACACUCAGGAUUAUCGCGAGGAACAAGGCCUGGUACAAGGCUUUGGUUUCCAGAGCUUGCAAAUCGUUACUCUUCCACACCACGGCCUGGAACCUGAAGACCUACUGGAUUGGGGCAUCAAGGCAGCCAUCGCAUGCUGGGAACUAGGCGCCAGCUUACGCGCAAAGAAUUUCCAGAACUACGCCAUAAAGCGUCUGCUCGAAGCCUUCGGCCGACCGCUCUCCCAGCCACUGGCGUCAACGUUAUUCACACACACGGUCUCCUUUCGCAAGGAGCACUUGUCGGACGCGAUCUCGAAGCCACAGCAAAUGAUCCAAGAUAUUAUCGUUCGCAAUUGGGGUGACGACAGGAUCAUUGACCACAGUCCGAGUCAAGAUUGGUCAUAG